AGGGUAAAUGACGCAACUUCCCGACCCAAAAGCGAUUCUCUCUGAUUCAACAAAAACCCCAAUCUUCAAACCCCAGCAAAAACCUUCGAAUCCAUCCUGCAUUCUCUCCCACUUUCUCCAUCAAAGGCCAUUAACAACACUGCUCUUUCUCCUGAUUCAAAUGUUGACGAUUUGAGGUUCACCGUUACAGGAAAAGAAAUUCUCUCUGUUUUUUCCUUCGUGUACAGAAAAACACAGUUCAAACCUUACGGGUAGCGAAAAUGGAAGCAGUGCAAGGAGAAGAGUUCACGCUGGUGGCAAGAAAGCCGCAUUUCGGACUCCCGACGGCUUGUCCAACUUGCCUACCCGCUUACAUCUACCUAAAGUUCGCUCGGUUUCCUUUUCAAUUGGCUUUCAAUUCCAUCUACCCUGAUUCAGAUCAAAUUCCUUAUAUUGAAGCUGGUACUUAUGUGGCUUACAAUAAUGAGAAUGGUGGAGUAAUUGAUCGCAUGAAGCAAGAUGGAAUUCUCGAUUUGGAUACUGAACUCCAGUCACUCCCAGAAUGGAUAUCGAUGAAAGCAGUGGUUACUUCCUGGCUUGAUGAGGCACUCAUGUACGAACUCUGGAUUGGGUGUGAUGGAACUUCGGCUCGCAAAAUAUAUUAUUCUGAUCUUUCAUGGCCAAUUGGCAAAAUUCUUUUUUUAAAGCAAACAUAUAUAUUAAAGCAGCGACUUGGGAUAACUAAAGAGAAUGCAGAGCAAAGGGAAGAACAGAUAUAUCACAGAGCAAAAGUUGCAUAUGGAGCCCUCUCAACUAGGUUAGGCGAGCAAAAUUUCCUCUUUGAGGACAGGCCAUCAAGUUUGGAUGCGUCUUUUCUCUCACAUGUUCUCUUCAUUCUGCAAGCAUUACCAGAAACAUCAGUUUUACGGGGCAAGCUUUUGGAACACAGUAAUCUUGUAAGAUAUUCUGAAAGACUAAAGAUGGAUUUCCUAGAAGCUGGUUCAUCAUCAUCUUCUGUCCCACAGGCCCACUCAGUACCUUCACCAUCUUCAAGAAAAGGUGCCUCAAAUUGGAGUUCAAAGCCUAAGAGCAAGCCUAAAAGGGAAAAAACAGAGGAGGAAAAGACCUUCAAAAGAAGGGCCAAAUACUUUUUGGCAGCACAACUGCUCGCAGUUCUACUUUUUCUGUCUGUCAUGGGUGGAAAUGAUUUUGGUGAAGCAGAGUUUGAGAAUGAUGAUGAUGACAUAGCUUAUGACUGAAAGAACAAUCAUAUCACUCGGCACUUUUCUUGUGGUGAUCAACAAAGACUAGCUUCAUGUAUAAGAAUACUUCUCCUUCAAAAUUUUGUAACUUUGACACAAAUUUUGGAAAAUAAAUAUCCAUAGGAACUAUGUAACAUGAGUUGUGCAAUAGAGGGGGUAAUCUUUUUGGUUGCUUGGAAAAAAAAGACGUGUGUUGGAUUAUCAA